AUGGCCAUAACAGCAACUCUGUUCUCCAUACAGAAAAGUCUUAUUCAUACCCCUCUACAGUCAAUAGCUAUAGCGGCCCUAUUCACCUCCUGUCUCUAUUUCAUUGUCAAUGAAUUCAUCCGUGCUUUCUCUCGUGUUCCAGGAUUCAAGGGGCCUCGUGGUCUACCUUUAAUUGGGAACAUCGCCCAAAUUCGCAAGAACGCCGCUGAACAGUAUCGCAUAUGGUCCAAGACCUACGGACCCGUUUAUCAGAUUCAAUUGGGGAAUAUUCCGGUUAUUGUUGUGAACUCUGCCGUCUCUGCAAAGGCAAUCUUUGGGCAGAAUGCACAGGCCCUAAGCUCAAGGCCUGAGUUUUACACAUUCCAUAAAAUCGUGUCCAACACUGCUGGCACAACCAUUGGGACUUCCCCCUACAGCGAUUCGCUGAAAAGACGUAGGAAGGGUGCCGCCUCAGCACUUAACCGACCGUCGGUGGAGUCCUAUGUCUCGCAUCUGGAUGCAGAGUCCAAAGCAUUCGUGGCGGAACUUCUUAAGUAUGGAGAGGGCGGGAACGUACCAGUGGAUCCCAUGGCGAUGAUCCAACGCCUCAGUCUGAGUUUGGCUUUGACGCUCAACUGGGGUGUGCGUGUGGUAUCACAGGAAGAGGACUUGUUCAACGAGAUCACCCACGUGGAGGAGGAGAUAAGCAAAUUUAGGAGCACCACCGGCAAUCUACAAGAUUACAUACCUCUCUUGCGGCUAAACCCCUUCAAUACUAACUCGAAGAAAGCCAAGGAGAUGAGAGAUCGGCGAGAUAAAUACCUCAAUGGACUCAACCGUGAUCUAGACGAUCGAAUGGAGAAAGGAAUCCACAAACCCUGUAUCCAAGCCAAUGUCAUCCUUGAUCAGGAAGCGAAGUUGAACUCAGAAGAACUUACCUCUAUCAGCUUGACUAUGCUCUCAGGAGGGCUUGAUACUGUUACUACGCUUGUGGCUUGGAGUAUUGGCCUCCUCGCUAAACGCCCAGACAUCCAAGACAAAGCUGCAGAAGCGAUUCUGAAUAUGUAUGGCCCUAACCAACCAAUGUGCGAUGCUGCAGAUGAUCAGAGAUGCGCAUACGUUGCUGCACUGGUAAGAGAGUGUCUAAGGUACUUUACGGUCCUUCGUCUGGCCCUCCCUCGGACAUCGAUCAGAGAUAUUACAUACGGCGGCAAUAUAAUUCCCAAGGGUACUGUUUUCUUUCUAAAUUCGUGGGCUUGUAAUAUGGAUCCCGAUACCUGGAGCGACCCGGAGGAGUUUAGGCCAGAAAGAUGGCUUGAACAGCCCGAUGCACCUUUAUUCACCUACGGGCUAGGCUACCGCAUGUGUGCAGGCUCACUCCUUGCUAACCGCGAACUGUAUUUGAUCUUCAUGCGCACCAUUAAUAGCUUCAGGAUUGAACCAUAUGACGAGAUCGAUUGGCACCCUGUCCAUGGCAAUGCAGAUCCUACAAGCCUAGUCGCAAUCCCGAAAAAGUAUAAGGUCAGGUUUAUUCCUCGAGACAAUAAAGUGCUUGAGGAUGUUCUUGGUUCAGCGUUUUCCUUGAAGCGUGUUAUAUGA